AUGUACUACCCCAACGGCUCCCAGCCACCAUCGCAAACUGCGCCCUUUCAAGGCUACCCGCAGUACGCGAUGAUGCCGCGCCACAUGCAACAGCAUCGUCAGCCUUAUGUAGACCCUCAGCUGCAGCAGGACCAGCAGCAGCAUUUACAACAACAACAACAACAACAACAACGCUCUGUAAUGCCUUCACAGGCCCAAUCAAAUUCCCAAUUCAUGCAGAUGCGCGUGUCGCCCAUGAACCAGAACUUCAUGGGUGGUUAUCCCGCGAUGCCCGGCGGUUAUCAGGCGUUCAACUACAACCCCUCUCCGCAGCGCCGCCACGUUGGGCCCCUGCCGCUCAACGAUGAGAGGUGCCGCAAACAACUUAUUGUGAACUACCUUGCCCCCGAUGUGGCCACGGCGGAGCUGCAUGAACUUUUCUCGCGUUUUGGUCCGCUGGACGGCGCCCGCAUCAUUUGUGAUAGGCAGACAAGCUUACCAAAGGGGUACGGCUUCGUGUACUUCUGCCGCCCCGAGGACGCGAAGGAGGCAGUGGACCGCAUGAACGGUUAUGAGUUCCAUGGAAAGCGACUGAAAGUGGGAUACUCCACGAACCCACUCAACAUUGUUUCAAGCGCCCCAAUGCAUUACCCGCAUGGAGCAAUUGUCUGA